AAACACUUGAACGCAUUUUGACCUAUCGCUUGACCGAUAAGCUAAUAGCUAUAUGUUUUAUUUAUUCCACUGAUUGCAUUGUUGAAGAUAUCAGCAGUUCGAAUUGUAUGUCAAUUAUUAAGGAAUAUGAAGUUGUUAAAAUUUUGUGCGUAUGUAUUAUUAUUUGUGAAGGUGAGGUAUCUUCCUACUUAAUAAAAAUUUAGUAGGUAAUAUUUAUUUUUAUAACCGAUCAGUAUAAUUUUAUGUUUUUUCUGACACUAAUAUUUUCUUGUUUCAAAAUAUUAUCAUUAGCAAAACUGUGUAUAUUUUUCCAGUGCGUUUUGGCAGUCAAAAUUUCCGUUUAUUAUGAAUGUUUAUGUCCAGAUAGUAUAGCUUUCAUAAGAGACCAACUGCAUCCAAAUUAUCAGACAUUCGGAGACAAACUCAUCAAAUUGGAGUUAAUACCUUAUGGAUUUGCUAAGGAACACAUUGAAAAUGGCACUAAAACGUUCACUUGCCAACACGGACCUAAGGAAUGCUAUGGAAAUGAAGUACAUGGUUGUGUAAUAAAUGAGGUGUCUAUAGAUAAAAGUGAAAACUUUAUAUUUUGCGCAGAAAACGGAACUCCACCGUCUUCAAAAGAUAUUUUAAAAAGUUGUGCCGAACAACAAGAAAUUUCCUGGGCAUCCUUACAGAAAUGUGCAUUGUCUGAACAAGGUGCUGAUAUUAUGUCAAAAAAUGGAAAGAAAACUAAGGAGCUCAAUCCAACUUUUAUUCCCACUAUUGUGUUUAAUGACGUUUUAAACAUAGACGAUACAAACAAAUCAAUUACUGAUCUGAAAAGUGUUAUUUGCAAAUAUUUGGAAAACAAACCGGAACAAUGUCAGUCUCUUAAAAGACUUUCCGAUGAUUCUCAAAUCGUUCCACAUGUAACACAGAUAGUUUAGUAUCUAAUAAUUUAUUAUUCAGAGAAAAUUUUAAAUUUUGUUAAAUUUUUUCUAUAAAUAAAAUAUGUUUGUUUUUAUAGUUUAGGUAGCAAUAAAUGAUAGUGUAUUUUGUUCCUUGAGAUUUUGUCUUCAUGGUUUUAUUAUCGAAUUUUUG